GGCACGAGGAACCGGAGCCGGGUGACCCAGCCUGGUGUGGAGCUGGCUGGUCCUCGCCGGGGCCUUGGGGCGGCCGGUCCCGGGGUCAGGUGUAGUAGUAGUGCCAGAGGGGAGAAAUAUGAUCAAUAGCCAUGCUUUAAAAAGAGAGGUUAAACAACCCUAUUUCCAGGGGUCUCACUUGAAACAACUUAGUUAUGUGUAUCUGUUCUUAAGUAUCUCAGUCAGGGAAAGGAUGUUGUUCUCAGGAUAGGCCCAGAUUCUGGAAAAAUCGGUGAGGUGAUGGCUCCCGUUCAGCUAGUCAUUUCCCAAAUGAACCCUGGGCUUUGCUCAAGGCCUCAGGCUCUGAGAUGACUGAUCUGGCAGCUCUGGUGUGUGGUUCUCCCCCGAGCAGGGGGCUGGAGGGGGGAGGUUAAUCUAUUUUAGAAAGCCUGCCCUGGUGCCUCUCUGCACAGCCUGCACACAUUCUUGUCCUCUAAAGAAUGCAGGUCUGUUAAGUGUUGGGGGCUUUUAGGUUGGAGGGUUGUUUCACACGGCCCACCCACUUCCACGGCCAGCGGAGGUGCAGCCCAGGGCUGAGGGGCUACCGGGAGCAGGGCCAGCUCUGGGGUAAUGGUUCCUGUGAACAGAGCCUGGGGCCAAACAUUACUCACCUGGUGAGUCGGGUCAGGGGGAUGCUCUGCCAAGGUCAUUUUCCUGAAGGGGUUCAGGAACUGACCUGGCCUUUUGGGGACCACAGAUGACUGUGGGCUCCGUCAGACCCCACCAGGCCUCCUGGGCCCGGGGACUGCUCCUCAUGGGGGUGCUUACCUGCUGUGGAAGGGCACAGCUAGAUGCCAGCAUCAUGGAGCGUGGCUGCCCAGGUCACUCCAUCAGUGCCUAUGGCUGUGGCCCUUCUGCACUGCCUAAGAGAGACGGCCACUCCCUCCUUCCCUCCCUCCCUUCUCUUCCUAGUUCUUUGCUCUUCUGUAUCUACACAGAAGCCUUCUCCCCAGGUUCUUCCUGAGCCAACAGCCACCCCCCACCCCGUGUCUUAUGCUGGUGGAAACAGCCGUGGAGGAGGGCAACCCUGCUCAGAUUUGUGCAGUCCAAAGCAGAUGCUUGGCACUGGCUCGGGCCCAGAGAGAAGAACUUAUGCUGUGUGUGCACAAAAACCAGUAUGUUAACAUGCGUAGCUGCCCACCUUCCCACGUCCUGUGUGAGGAGAGUGCAGAUACAGGAGCCUGCCUGCUCUUCAUUUCCUCUGCUGCUACUUGUCCUGAGCACUGGCUCGGCCAAGUCUCAUCUCCAUUUCACAUCUUCCAUUUCACUGGGAUCCUGGAGUUCAUCAGUAUAGCCGUGGGUCUGGUCAGCAUCCGUGGCGUGGACAGUGGACUCUACCUCGGCAUGAAUGAGAAGGGGGAGCUGUAUGGAUCGGAAAAACUCACGCAAGAGUGUGUCUUCAGAGAACAGUUUGAAGAGAACUGGUACAACACGUACUCCUCCAACCUGUAUAAGCAUGUGGACACUGGACGGAGGUUCUACGUCGCGUUAAAUAAGGACGGGACCCCCCGGGAAGGAACCAGGACUAAGCGGCACCAGAAAUUCACCCAUUUUUUACCCAGACCCGUGGACCCCGACAAAGUACCCGAACUCUAUAAGGAUAUCCUAAGCCAAAGUUGACAAAGACCGUUUCUUCACUUGAGCCCUUAAAAAAGUAACCACUAUAAAGGUUUCACGCGGUGGGUCCCUAUUGAUUUGCUGUGUCAUCACAUCCAUUGUUGCCAAACUCUGUCGCAUGCAUAGCCUGACGGAGGCGUGGAGGGGACAUGUGACUGCUGCGCCCCGGGCCCGUCCUCCUGCGGGACCCCUGCCUGCUGUGCUGCCGGGUGGGUCUUGGGGCAGAGGGCGGCUGGGGAUGCGGGGUGGGGGGCACGUGGGGGCAGGGCCUGCAGAGAGGGGGGAGCAGAGAGGACAGGCCAUGCAUGUACCCGCCCGGUCUGUCCUUUUUCAUCCUGGUCAGCACAGCCGCUCCACCUGGACACGUCGGGACUGGCCGGUGGCCACGGGCCCACUGCGUCUCCGCAGGUGCGGUGGGCGCAGUCUUACCGACAAGACUUUCUCAGUUCCUUGUCACGGGUGUCAUCCCAGUGAAUUUAAAGCAAAGACCUCUUAGUAAAAAAAGAAAAAGAAAAAGAAAAAAAGUUAAAUUUAUUUAUAGAGAUUCCAAAGGCGACAUUUUAUUUAUUUUAUAUAUUUAUUUAUUAUAUAGAGUUUAUUUUUAAUGAAAUAUGUACAGGCCAGAUAGGCAUUUGGAAGCUUUAGGCUCUGUAAGCAUUAAAUGGCAAGUCCGCUAGAACCUGUGGUGAGUCCACGUGCGAACGUGGCGUGCAUGGAUUUCAGACACUCGAAUGGCCCUGUGUCCCGAAGGCGACAGCCGCUGUCGUGCCCAUGUUACUGUAAACUAACGCGUACCGCUCAUGACACCGAGUAUCCACUCUUCAGACUGCUUGUCCCAUAGCUUAUCCCAGAGGAUUAAAGAUUAACUGGGUCUCAAACGUUUAUUCUGUGUCUGUACUAUUUCCUCUCUCUUAAGUGGCUUCCUCCAUCACAGUUGGAGAACAUGACGGUUGGUAUAUAUCCUACUUGUCUAAAUCUAUUGCAGAAUAUACCAAAGCUAAACAAUGACUGUGCUUUUGUUUUAGUCGAGCUCCAGAACAACAGGACUCAUUUCAAACAUGUACUGGUUUAGAAUUCUCAAAAAGGAAAAAAAAAAAAUUACUUGGUACAGAUUUUUUUUUAGGGGACAAGAAUCUGAAUCAAAACUGCAGGGUAAUUGUUAUAAACUUGGCUCUCAGAUAUUAAAUUACACAAGCACCAUAGGGGUCAUUGUAACAUCUUUUAUAGAAAAUUGCUUUUGGUGUGACCUGUCAUAAUACCUGGUAAAAACACCCUUCAAAUAAGACUUGCAUAAUGAAACUAAUAAAUCUCCAUCAAUCAUGACAAUGAGAGGGAAAAUAAAUACUUGUUGACUGUGUUCUGUUUUUUAAAAGGGUCUUCACAAGCACUUGAUUUUUUUAGAGGGGAAGUUACUAUAUAAUAUCUUUUACUAGCCUUUUAUAACAUUUUAUGCUGAAAAGCAUAAGAAUACAUAUUUCUUUAGUAGCAAUAAUUUUGAAACCUGCACUUGGGCAAGGGAGACUAUUUCUUAUUCUAUACUAAGGAGAAGAGAGCCAAAUUCUUAAAGCAAUAUUUAAGAAAAAGAAAUUUAUAACAAAUUCAAAUACCACAUAUAACAUUUUCUAGCCAGUUACAUGGGAAAUAGAAAGUGACAGUUAAAAAAUGUGUUGGGAUUUAUGUAACUAAUUUUAAAGUUUAAUAUUCUAACUUUGUUUUGCUCUGAUGCACAUUCUCUAUGAAAAAUAAAACUAUGUCACUGGUGAGUCAAAGCUGUUUUGAGGUAGAAGCUCAUGGCUUCUUGUCAUGAGCACAGGGGCCCCUUCCCUGACCCAAAGUGGAGAACCGGCAGGUUCACUGAUGUGCAUUAAGGAAAAACCAAGUCCAGUGUUUGGAAUUAAGAAAUGUUGUGGGGGAGGGGGCAGAAGCAAUGUAAAAUAUCUGAUUUAUGAUAAAGGUCAGAAUGUCCUCUUCAUUUAUUUUCUUUUUUUUCUCUAAACAGAAGCUGCAUUUAAUCCCAAGAUGUAGUAUUCUUAUUUAUUAUUUAACCCUUUGCUGCUGCUAAUAUGUGCACAUAUUCAGGCUGUAGAUUUUCCAAAAGGCAUUUAAUAUUUUUGGCUGAGAAACACCAGGCCUCUGACCACAGGGAAGGAUCACGUUUCUAGGAUGUCGUGGGUACAAUGUUUAGCACUGAAGAAACUGAUUUUAGGAGACAGCCAAAAGUGAUCUUAAGGUAGCACUAGAUGCUGGAUUGACCCGUCGGAAAGAAAACCAUCUGUGAAAAAGACAAAGCUCCCCAUGGGUUCCUAGAAAGUGCUACUUUAAUGUCGACUUUUGGAUGUUUUUUUUUUUUUUCAGUGACUUUUUUUUUUUUAAAAGAAAAACAAAAUGUUAUAUGCUUUGGCAACUGAUAUAAUAAACUGUAAUGGUGUGUAA